AUGAUUCUCUCAAGGUCGCUUAGUCUGCUCAUUCGCGAACAAGGGAACCUGAAUUUUCCACAAUCUCAGCGUGGCUGCUCCGCCCAAGCGCAAUCUGUAACGCAGCCCAACCCGGUUGAUCUUCUUACUCUAAUAUUGAAGUUUAAGGUAACGGCGUCAGAGAGCGCGGAGUUGGCGGUUGGUGUUGAAGCCAGUGGAAAUGGCCACUAUGGCACGAUGAAAGCUCCAAAUCUGUUUACUGUGGUUCCUGAUGCGUUCGGUUUGGUGUCACCCGGCCGUGAAGUGGUGAUGCCCUGUUAG